AUGUGGAUUCAAAUAUACGACAUCGUUUCAUCGAUUUUUGGAUUGUUGUUGAAUGUUUUUUAUCGUGAAAUCAGGGUGCAAGGAUUAGACAAUGUUCCAAAAGAAGGACCCGUCAUCUUUGUCGCAGCACCACACGCAAAUAUGUUUAUUGAUGGAGCAAUCUUCACAAAAUAUUGUCCACGAGAAGUUUCUUUCGUGAUGGCGAAAAGGGCCACAACAUACAAGUAUGCCGGUUCCUUAAUCCGAGGAAUGCAUGCAAUUACAUUGGAAAGACCAAAAGAUUUUGCUGAAAUGGGUAAAGGAAGUAUCCAACUGGAUCAAUAUAAAGAUGAUUCUUUUCAUGUGAAUGGUAUAGGCACGGAGUUCACAAAGCAAUUAAAAGUGGGGGGCCGAAUCGCUUUACCGAAUGAUUACGGAUCAUCGGAGAUAUUGGAAAUAUUAUCGGAUACAGAAUUAGUGAUCAGAGAGGAAUUCAAAGGUUUCAAGGCUUUAGAAAUGUUGACGCAACCCAACGGAACGCCUUAUGUAUACUUGCCACGUGUUGAUCAAAGUCACCUUUAUAAGAAAACGAUUGAGGUGCUGAAUGCUGGAAAAUGUAUCGGAAUGCUUCCGGAGGGUAGGAGUCACGAUCGGGCCGAACUCUUACCUUUGAAAGCGGGUAUGGCUAUCGUUGCUCUGAGCGCCAUGGCAGAAAAUUCUAAUCAAGAUAUCAAGAUUGUGCCAUGUGGUUUGUUGAAAAUGUCAUACCGACUUCAAUUGGUAACAAAUGUCACACUGAUUCCUUUCUUCAUAGGCUUGAAUUAUUCCUGUGCGCAUAAAUUCCGUUCGCGUGCUGUUGUUUGGUUCGGUUCGCCUAUUUCAAUUCCACCUGAAUUGGUAGAAAAAUAUCGUAAUAAGGGUCAGGAUAGAAAACAGGCAUGUGGAAAGUUGCUAGAAAUCAUUUAUGAUGGAUUGAAAUCGGUGACGGUUACCGCCCCAGACUAUGAAACGUUGAUGGUCAUUCGAACAGCCCGUAGUUUAUAUAGGAAUUUUCAUGGAUCCGGAAUUCACGAAGAAAUGAAAUUAGAUCAACGGUUCAUUAAUGGUUACAUGAAAUGUAAAGAUGAUCCGUAUGUUCAGGCAAUACACAAGGAAAUAAUGGAGUAUAUUCGAUUAUUGAAACAUUAUGGAUUAGAUGAUCGCCAAGUUCAUCAGAUUUCCGGUAGAGGAUUUAGAACGUUAGCUUUAUUGCUAUGGCAAAUUAUAAUCUUGGUCUUGUGUUUUGUUUUGAGUCUCCCUGGGUUGAUAUUAAACCUUCCUCUAAUUAUGGACACCCAUUUUGUUAGCUCCAAGAAAGCAGAGGUUGCCAGGAAAUCGUGCGUCAUGAUCGCAGGACACCAUGUUGUGGCAACAUGGAAAAUUCUCACUUCCUUUAGGGACGUACCAAUUUUAUAUGGACUUUACACAUUCAUAAUACUAUUCUUAGCUCACAAAUAUCAUUGGAAUCUUAUUCUAAAUUCUGGAAUAUUUGCUCCCAUUAACGUCCUUAUAAUUUUAUUCGCAUAUAAUUACGUGUUGAUUCGAUUAUUGGAUGUGGGAUCCGAUUUGUAUAGAUCACUCUUGCCCCUCGUCAUAUCAUUCUCUUCACCACAAUCAUCAAUUCAGCAUCUUCAACAAAUUCGUGAUAAACUUUCGAAUGAUGUGACUGAACUCGUCAAUGAACUAAAAACAAAAAUCAUGUGUUAA